AUGACUACCACAGCAGAGUUUAACUAUAUAACUCUCUCUGGGUCUACGUCCUCGUUGGAAUUAUCAGAAUUCCAAGACUACUUGACCUACUCCACUGUUAUGCCCAUCUUUGAAGCCCCUGCUCCUGUCCAACCCCCUAGAAAGAUGUCUGCGUCGUCCGAAGAAGUUCCCCAAAGGUCUCCAGCCAGACCCCUGAAGCUUGAUUUCCACAAAUUAGAAUUGCCCUCUUCUCCCACAUCUAGAUAUUCUAUGUCAGAUGCCUCGUCAUUCGAGGAAAAAAGCACCGACUAUUCCUCCAUAUCCGAAGCCUCCAUUUUCACUAGAACCCCUCCGUCCUCUCCAGGUCCAGAAAUCAGGACCAACCAGGAAGUUGAAUUAGACGAGUUUGGUUUGGACUUGAACGGUAUUGACGAGGAAGAACUCUUUGAAGAAAUGCAGCUCACAGAAAACGGAAAGUCGUCCAACGUGAUAUUCGAAAUAGACACAGUCAUCACAGUAGUGGGCAUUCACGAUGGUACAUCCCCACUCUCAUACAUUCAUGUCAAGGCUGGUACACCACAGUAA